AUGUAUUUGACAUCAACGAAAAAGAAAAAAUUUGCAAUGCCAUUUAUUCUACUAAACCAAUACAAGAAUAACAUGCUAGAGAAGAGAAAAAUAGAAAUCGAGUGGAGGUUUACGAAAAAGCAAGAAAUUAGUCAUCAUGAUCGGUUUAUUCCAACCCAUGAUGCAACUAUUUUUGAUACUUAUGUUGCUGAUAUUCAAGUUGAUGGGAAAACGAUCGAUCUGGCACUUUUUGAUACCGCUGGCCAAGAAGAUUACGAUCGUCUUCGUCCUCUGUCCUAUCCGGACACCAGUGUUGUUCUGAUCUGCUUCAGCGUUGAUAGUCCGGUAUCAGCGACGAGUGUAUUAGAAAAAUGGAUACCAGAAGUUCGUCAUUUCUGUGGAACAUGUCCUGUGAUAUUAGUUGCUUGUAAGAAAGAUCUACGAACAGAUCCGGAGGUCAUUGCAAAGUUAAAGCAGGAGGGCGAAAAACCAGUGACAAGUGAAACAGGACGAGAAAUUGCUGCACGAAUCAAAGCAGAUGCUUACAUGGAAUGUUCAGCGAAGACACGCGACGGUGUUCAAGAUCUUUUUGUGCAUGCUGCUCGACUAUCACUAAAACAGCGAUCUGUUGAUGUUCAAGUCAAUGAAAAAACUGUUAAUUUAGUUAUCUUCGAUACAGCUGGUCAAGAAGAUUAUGCUCGAAUUCGCGCAUUGUCUUACGCCGAUACUAACAUCGUACUUGUAUGUUUUAGUGUUGAUAGUCCUUUGUCAGCUAUGAGCGUAAUUGAAAACUGGAUGCCCGAAGUACGAGAGUUUUGUGGACGUUGCCCAGUCAUUCUAGUCGCAUGUAAAACUGAUCUUCGAACAGAUAAUCAAACAAUUGAGUUGCUGCAACGUGAAGAUGAAACUCCAGUUACGACUGAAACGGGCAAACAGAUUGCCGCACGAAUCAAAGCAUAUGCAUAUAUGGAAUGUUCAGCGCGAACUGGCGAAGGCGUUCAAGAACUAUUCCAAUGUGCUGCUCAACUAACGUGUAAAAAACACUUUCGAAAAUCAUCUGAUCAACGAUGUGCUUUACUCUGA